UUGAUUUAGCAUUGUGAGCUGAGUGACUGAGUCUGACGUAUUCGAUGGUCGUAUUCAAGGACCUCUGACUUUCAUGGAUCCUGUGGCAACUGCGUGGCCUGCGUCAUUUCUUUGUCAUUUAUUUAUAUUCGUACAGGCUAACUGCAUUGAAUAAUUUCGGUAGGAUAUUAACGGUGGUGAGCUGGUGCCGAUGCACUUUAUUUAAUAAGGGGCUGCGAGCCUGCGACAGUCUUCAGCAUUUUUUAUUUUUUUUUAAUUUGUUAAAAUUUGUGUGUCAUAAUUUACUUGACUGGCAUCGUUGCACUUGCACUGUUUAUCCUGCUGCUCCAUCCAUCAUUUGAAUCGUCUGUACUUUCUGUACUCUGUAAACGUAAUCGCUAUCUUGAAAGCAAAGCACAUGGUUCGAUUAUUUGUAGACUAAAUUUUUGAUUGGGUUGUAUGGAUUUUUUACUUACUCAUAUAACUGAAUUGAUCCAAUUGAUUUCAAGAAAAGUUUUAUGAUUUUCCCUUCACUACGUGUUGAAGAAGAUUUAUUUAGUAUCUUCCUGUAAAUAUGAAUUGCCAAUUGCCCCACAAUAUAUGGAGAUCUCGUACAUUUGAGAGAAAAGGCUACCACGAUCGUGAUGCAACUAAUGAGGAUCAGUUUAAUUUUGAUUCCUAUAUUACCUGUCCAAGAAUCAGUUUCUUAGAAAAUGGUCUCUUGCGUAACAAUACAGUAGAGAACUGGCCUGAUUUGAUGGAUUUGGAUGAACACAUUACACUGCCUACACCAUUGCUACCACCUAAUGCUUCUGUAAAAUGUGGAAGAGGUCCUGUUGUACGAAGUGUAAGCAAAAAGGAUGAGCUCAAUCACUUUUUAUUCAAAGAAACUCUUGCACAUGAAUGCAGACUGCUCAUAAGAAACAGCAAAGGUGAAAUUAAUCUAAGUACAUUAAAAAAUAAUUGGAAAAAGUUUAUCAAGAGAAAUGAAAUUCCUGAACCUGAAAGAAAUUUAGUAACAAUUAUGGACAGAUAUGGAUGUGAUGAGCCUCCAACAGAAACAUAUGCAGGUGGAAAUUUAGCUAUUGUGUGGUUGCAAAAUGAAAGAUAUUUAGUACACUCAGCGAUGGAACCAUUUGAUUGUCAGAUGUGUUUGACUCGAAUGACGGCAGAUGACAUGAAGAAUCAUCCCUUGGAAUCCGUGAGUACAAAAACGCCAUUCAAUGAUGGAACGGUGUACCAAAUAGCUGUUCCCCGCCAAAGUGGUUGUUGGGAUCCAUCUUUUCAGCAACAAAACGAAGAUCCUCUAUUUGCGACACGUCAGUUUCAUACGACACGAUUGUGGAAGGUUGAACAGAGGGAAACGGGAAGUCUGCCCAUCAUUACCAAUGUGCAAGAGUGUUCCGACCCGUCUUCUACUGUGCGUUACGUCGAAUUCAAUCAGUUUGAUUGUGGAGAGUUUUGUGAGUUGCGCUCUCAAGAAAUUAAGAUUUCAGAAAGAGGGUUAUUAAAAUAUCAAAGAGCAGUGUAUAAAAAGUACGACAGUUGUGUGUACGUGAACCAUAAGAUACUUCUCUUUAGUUCCAGUCGUACACUUGACUUACUCGACGUCCGGUGUAAAAAUACAGAGAAUUUACAGCCUAUUUUCUCCAUUGAUGAUCAAGGAAUGCGGUUGUUUUAUAACAUGCCUCCACUCGAAACAAUUGUUAGCUGUUCAGCAAGCUCUCGUGAUAACGUUUAUCUAAUAUCUACCGGGAAAUCACUUCUAGUCUGGGAUAUAAGAUGUGGAAGCCGCCUACUACAUCGGGCGGAACACCUACUUGAAAGCCCUCCCGAUUGGAUUUCGACUGUUCAACUCGGCCCUGAUAAAGAUUGGAUUUUCCUCGACUCUCAGAACCCUGCUUCAUCUGGAAUGGUCGGUCUGAGCUGGAACAACCAAGAAAAUUGUCUAGAUUUAAUGAACGAUUUGCCGGUUGUUUCUGUUGAAUUUGAACCGAGAAUACGUUGGAGUGUCCUCGACACCUUUGGAGCUAUCCAGCAACGAGGUCUAGGACUCGAUUGGUCAAUCCAAAAUCGUUUUAAGCAAAUGCGGAGUGGAAUUGCUUGUGACAAAGAUAGUGAUGGAACAAUUCAAAUCUGGCAGUGUACUGUUGCCGGUGACUUAUUUUCUCAGCAGUUGAACCCAAGUAAAAGAAUAGGACCUAGUGAGCAAAAAGCUUCGCAUCUUUUCUUCAGUCAGCUGAGCGAUUGGACCGAAGCUGUUGAGCAGAUUGAGGAAUUGAACGCCUCGUUAUCACAAAAUCUAUUUGAUCAAACCGAAGAGUGUGACGCAGAAAAACUUAAAGACAGUAUACAGAAAACUUCAGAAGAAGUGGAAGAAGAAAACUUUGGGAGUUUCCAUAUGCCGGCAAUAUUUAAUCACAAAUAUACUUCAAUGCCUGACGCCCUUGAAAUGGACUGCCCUGAGGACAAAACACGAAACAUCGAUGGGCAAGGCGCAGGUCUCAACAAGGAGUGGAUGGAAGAAAGAAAUCCUGGGCCAUGUUCCCAGAAUUUCUUACCAGAUGACACGUUCGCGUUAGACUUCCAGGAUGACCUCAUCUCAUCUACACCCUUUCAACCGAUGCAAAAGACACACGGGGCUGCACCUUUACCUGGCUUUCUCAUAUCUUCAACCCCUGCAAUACGCGCAGUCAAACCCAAUUGUUUUCCUUCGCCUAAGCGUAAUCUUACCUCGACUCCAUUUCGACACCAAACCCCUCAAACCCCUCAAACCUGGAACGCUCCAUCUCAGUAUCAAGCCCCUCAAAACUGGAACGCUCCAUCUCAGCAUCAAACGCCUCAAAACUGGAACGCUCCAUCUCAGCAUCAAACCCCUCAAAACUGGAACGCUCCAUCUCAGCAUCAAACCCCUCAAAACUGGAACGCUCCAUCUCAGCGAAAAAGUGUUAAAAGGACUCAGGAAUGGGACUUUUAAAUCCCCCACCCCCUGAUAUUAUGUAACAGUUUUUCAAAUUUCUUCUGUUCAUGUACUCAAAGAUAACACUUCAGUAAUACAUUUCAGUUCAAGUUAAA